GGUGGUUGGUGUGGAGGUCGUGACUCUGAAUGGGUUGGAGGUGAUGACAUUCCUGGUGGAGCGCAUGAAGGAAGACUUUCGACCUUACCUCUCCUCCGUCAUCCCCGCCGUUACUGACAGACUAGGCGACAGCAAAGAUGCAGUUCGAGAAAAGGCACAACUACUACUCUCCGCGUUGAUGGACCAUGUAUUGUCCCCAAAUAGCAUGUUUGAAAGGCUUUUACCUGCCUUUUCACACAAAAAUGGCAAAGUCAGAGAGGAGGCUAUGACCUGUCUUCAGAAUACUUUAACCAAUCAUAGUGCAACUUCAGUGACAGUGUCGCGUCUCAUCCCACACAUCGUCAAACUUCUGUCAGAUCCAACAGCGCUGGUGAGAGACUGUGCAUUCAAUACCUUGGUGGAAUGUUACAAACACUAUGGUGAAAGACUUAGAGCGGAUUUGACGAAGAAACACAGUGUUCCACCAGCAAAACUUCCAGGACUGAUGACUCGAUUUGAUGACGUACGGGACACUGGCCUUAUGUUUCCAACUGCCAUGACAGCUUCAGGAAUAAUAGAAGGUAUGUAAACAAUGCAAUGGUGUUC